AACUUUUUUAUUUGUGACUGUAACUGUUAAAAAAUCUUGGAAAUGUCAUUUGUUUACGUUUGUGCUAAGAUCUAUAGUUGUAAGAUAUAGCAUAAAUGUUACAAUCAUUUGAUUUAUGUUAAUAUAAAAAUUAUUACAAAAUGAAACUUUUUCAUAAAUUCAUAGAAAGAGAUGGAAGUGGGUCAGUGACUCUCAUGCCAGAAGAAGCAGAAGAUAUGUGGCAUGCCUAUAAUCUUAUUGCUGAAGGAGACAACUUAAAAAGUACUACAAUAAGAAAAGUGACUACUGAAUCAGCUACUGGAAGUACCGGAAGUAAUAGAAUACGAACUACUCUUACUAUAAGAGUAGAAGAUGUUGAUUUUGACACACAAGCUUGCAUGCUUAGAGUUAAAGGACGAAAUAUACAAGAAAAUCAGUUUGUAAAAAUGGGUGCAUAUCAUACUAUUGAUUUGGAACUCAAUCGAAAAUUUACCCUUGCAAAAUCAUGUUGGGAUAGCGUUGCACUCGAAAGAAUUGAAAUGGCUUGUGAUCCUGCCCAACAUGCAGAUCUUGCUGCUGUUGUUAUGCAAGAAGGUCUUGCUCAUGUAUGUUUAGUUACUUCUAAUAUGACUCUGGUCCGUGCCAAAAUUGAUGUAAAUAUUCCUCGUAAACGAAAAGGCAUGUGUGCACAACAUGAUAAGGGGUUGGAUCGAUUUUUUGAUGCUGUUUAUCAAGCAGUUGUAAGGCAUGUCAGUUUUGACGUUGUCAAAUGUGUACUUAUUGCCAGUCCAGGAUUCGUAAAGGACCAAUUUUAUGAAUAUAUGUUUCAACAAGCGUUGAAGACUGAUAACAAAACUUUGCUAGAAAAUAAAGGUGCAUUUGUCUUGGUACAUUCAUCAUCUGGAUUUAAACAUGCUUUAAAAGAAGUCCUUGCUGACCCUGCUAUAGCAAACAAGUUGUCAGACACAAAAGCUUCUUCAGAAGUUAAAAGCAUGGAACAGUUUUAUUCUUUGUUAAUGACUGAACCAAAUAAAGCUUUUUAUGGUGUGAAACAUGUUUUAAAAGCUAAUGAAGCACAAGCUAUUGACACAUUGCUUAUUAGUGAUAAAUUAUUCAGAUGCAAUGAUGUUAGCAAACGAAAAUUAUUUGUUGAAUUAGUAGACAGUGUUAGAGAUAGUGGGGGAGAAGUAAAAAUGUUCUCUAGUUUGCAUCCUUCGGGAGAACAAUUAGACCAGUUAUCUGGACUUGCUGCUAUCCUUAGAUUUCCUAUGGAAGAGCUAGAUGAAGAAAAUGAUUCAAGUGGUGAUGAAAGCUAAAAGUAUUAAAAUUAACUUGAUGGUUAAACAUUUCCUGCUGCAAAAAAAAAGUUUGCAUUUAUUUAUUUGUACAUAAUAAUUUAUUUAAAGUAACUGAUCUUGAUCUUUAUUUUCUCUUGUAUUUAACUAAAUCAAAACAAAUGUGAUAGUUCUUUAUGGAACUGAGUAUCUACAAUAUAUUUUUGUACAAAAAUAUCACUUUAAACAGGUGACGAAAUUUUGCUUUAUAUUAAAUAUAGUAUAAAGAAGAAAGAUAUAAUAAAAAAUAUUUGAUGCUGAAUUGUUUUAAUAAUUUCCAAAAUACUUAUUUUAUGUGUUGAAAUUGUGAAAUAUCUGUAUAGUUUGUGUAUUAUUUAUAGCCUCUUCCUUUAAACAUUUAAAGGUUUAAAAAAAAUGAAAUUAAAGAAAAAUCUUCAAAGCUAUUUAAAAAAUUUGAAAGUUGGCCUAUUCUUUUUUUAGGAGAGUAGAUAAAGAGAAAAGGGUUAGUUGUGUAUCAAUUGAUUAAAUUUAUUAGGGGUUCAGUGAUGACUGAUCUUAUUAAAAAUAAGCAUAUUAACCCCUUCCUUCUCUCUCUUGUGAAAAUGACGGUGUAAGGUUUCGCCCUCUAUUUCUCGCUCCCGUGCUAUUUCUGGGCUGGAGUGUUCAGUAGUGACGCGCCAAUACGAAUAAAGCUAAUUCAUUUCUUUUGCUCGAAAAACAUUUUAUUUCUCAUUUUACACACCAGAUGACAGUAACGGGAUAUUUUUAAGUUAAUUGUAGAUAGUUAGUUUAUUUUAAACUAGAUGUCAGCACUAAUCGAUUUUCAGGGAUUAAAAAAAACUGACUCUUUUAUAACAACCGUUUUCUUGAAAAUUAACCGAUUGUUAAGGGGUUAAGCUUUACAAAUUAAUGCUUAAGAGAGAAAAUAUUGAAACUUCUAGAUUACUUGUGGGGGCAGCAGGAUUAAAAACAUCAAAGCCAGUUUGAAUGCUUGAUGAAAUUUAGGUGUUUCUAAUAAUUGCCUUUUGUUCUUAUAUUCUUGCAGCAAUCAAAUAGUUAUACAUUUACAGUUCUGCCUUCUUCAGUCAUGAUUUGUUAUAUUUCAAUGCCAUUUUUGAUAAAGAUAUUGAAAACAUAUAUUUAGGGCAGAUUUUAUGGAAUACCAUGUAUAUAGUCGGUAUGCAAUUGUAUAGUAUUUAUUCUCUACAAUUUCUGAGAAACAUUUUAUGUUUCAAAAUUGUUAAAAUAUUGUUGAUGCUAUGUAUAAUUUGAGGGGAGAUUGUGUGCUUGAUUCCUUUUUGAAUGACAAAUUUCUUUUCGUCACACUAUUGGCAUCUUUACAAUUUAGUAAGCAUAUAUUUGUUAUUGUAUUCUGGUUUAAAAAGAAUAUAUUAAGUAACUUAACUUUUAAUAAAUUCUUAUAAGUAUAAUA